UGAUUCCCAGGGACACUUUGCUACUGAGUCAGUGCAGUUUCUGUGGCAGCUCCAAGCCCAACCCACCCACCAUAAGUGAAUUCCUCUCCCAUUUGGUACCAAGGCCCCCCUGCAGCCUGAGGGGAAGCACUGAGGGGCCCAUUCUUGGCAGGAAAGGGAAAGUGUUGAUUGGCAGACAUUGCAUCAUUAGAGGGAAGUUUAACAGGGGAUUGUGGGAUUGGUAGUUCAGCCCAUGGCUAGACUAGUUAUUCUAUUCCCUGCUUGGAAUUGUUUUGGGGGAUAUUGCUGGGAAUAAUCCCCUAUAGAAAUGUGUAAGUGCUUAAUUCCACUUCCAGGCCCCUCCCUCCCACAAGGAGCCAAUGGGAAUGUGGGAGGAAGCGAGUGACCCAGUGAUGGGGAAGAAGGAUAAAAAUGAGGAGCGGAAGGAGAGAAUCCUGAAUCUCACACUGGAGAUUAUCUAUCUGCUGACUGGAGAGGGCUACGUCAUCCCUAAGAAGAAGAGCCCAACUGUGGGUUUGGGGGCCCUGCAUGCCCCUGGCUCCGUCAUACAGAAGGAAAAUGACAAGAAGAUCCUGGAACUCAUCUCCAACAUCAUCCAGCUGCUGACUGGAGAGGUUGCCAUAAGGUGUGAGGAUGUUUCCAUCUAUUUUUCCUUGGAGGAGUGGGAGUAUAUAAAAGGAAACAAGGCCCUUUACAGGGAAGGGAUAAAGGAGGAGGAGGAGCCCCAGCAGCUCCGCCCACUGGCAGCCUGUGAGUAUAAAGAUGGGAGCGAUGUUACAGCACAUACGGAAGCAACUUUAUGUUGUAAUAAUGAUAGGAAUCUCACAAACCCUGAUGUUUCUCCAGCGGAACAGCCCCCACCGGCCAAUGGGAUUAAAGAGGAGGCGGCUUCAUGGGAAGGGGGAAACCAAUCAGAUUGCAGCAUUAAUCCCCUUACAGAACAGAGACAGGGAACAGAUACACCUACUCCUAUCAUGGGGUGCAGCCUGGCAAGCAGCAUUAAAAUGAAGGAUUGUAAAUACAACCAAAAUGCCUGUUUGCCCCAUGAUAAAUCUGGCAAAACAAAAUGCACAUCACAUAGGAAAUACAGCUGCACCGAGUGCCAUAAACAUUUCAGUCACAAAAGAGACUUUGAUAAACAUCAGAGAACCCACACAGGGGAGAAACCAUUUUCUUGUUCUGAAUGUGGGAAAUGUUUCUCCGAUCGAUCCAACCGCGCUCGUCAUCAACGAACCCACAAAGAAGAAAAGACAUUUCUUUGUUCUAAAUGUGGGAAAUGUUUUGCUACUUCGUCAGAACUCACUGCCCAUCGACAAACCCACAUAGGAGAGAAACGUUUUUCUUGUUCUGAGUGUGGGAAAAAUUUCUUGCACCAAUCUCACCUUGAACUUCAUCGGAAAACCCACACAGGGGAGAAACCUUUUUCUUGUUCUGAAUGUGGGAAAAGUUUUUUAACACGUUCACAACUUAAAGUUCAUCACAGAACUCACACAGGGGAGAAACCAUACUCUUGUUCUGAAUGUGGGAAACGUUUUGCCACUUCAUCAGACCUUACAGUGCAUCAGAGAAUUCACACAGGGGAGAAACCUUAUUCUUGUUCAGAAUGCGGGAAAUGUUUUACAAAGCGAUCUAAGCUUAAAAAUCAUUACAAAACCCACACAGGGGAGAAACCAUUUUCUUGUUCUGACUGUGGGAAAUGUUUCAAAAACCCUUCUGAUCUAAAAUGUCAUAAAAAAAUCCAUACAGAGAGGGAUACUUUUUCCUGUUCUGAUUGUGGGAAAAAAUUAUUAUCCCAAUACCACCUUGAGAUUCAUCGGAGAACCCACACAGGGGAGAAACCCUAUUCUUGUUCUGAGUGUGGGAGAUCUUUUACACGGAGCCAUACUCUGAGAAAACACUUUCAGACUCACACAGAGGAGAAUAAUAAACUUGUUGUUGAUGUGUAAAUUGUUAUGCGAUGAAGAACCCACGCAGGGCAGAAACCAUUUUAUUGUCGGAAACGUUUUACAAAUCGGGCAUCAGGCAAACAUUUCUUUGGUGUCCAUUAUAUUUUAUUAUUCACAUUUGAAAUAUGUUGCCACUUCAUCAUACCUUAUUGUCCAUCGAUGAAGAACCCCCGCUUGGAAGAAACCAUUUUAUUAUUCUGACUGGGAAAUGUUUAACUAAUCGGGCAAAUAUUUCUUUCACACAUAUUGCAUCUCAGUGGGCAUUUUAGUGUUUACAGAGGAGAAGAAGUUUAUGUACAAUAGAAUGUAUCCAUAGGACAAUCCUUAGACCAAUCCCGUCCAGCUGAAGACUCCGGGGCCUGAUGGACACGUGUGAAUGCUAAGACAGGUGCCCCAUAAUGCUCUUCCCACGGCACUGGCUCCCCAUUGGGAACUGAGGGAUCUCAUUUCAUACUUAGUUCCCAGACACUGGAAUAUAUCUCCCCCUCCCCCAAACAGAUAAUAUUCUGGGUUUUAUUGAACAAGAAGGGACAUAUUCCAAGGGGUACGAGCCCCCCAGGGUAUCACUUGGGCAGAUGCUGUUCCCUAAUGCUCACACAGUAGGUAACAUAAUGGGGAUAUACCCAGCUGGGAAUAAACAUUUGUGAAAUCA